AUGGCUACGGUUCAAAGCUUCAAAUAUGCACUGAUCUUAAUUUCUUCCAUAAUUCUAAAUCUCUUCUCUGCCAAUGUAUUUUUGCGAAUUAGGUGGGAGCAAAGUUGGACAAAAAUGGCAGCCACAGAAGCUGAAACUGUGGCAUCUAUUUCAUGUUCGGGCCAUGGAAGGGCCUUCUUGGAUGGUUUAGUUGUUAAUGGAAAACCCAUUUGCGAGUGUAAUGCUUGCUUCGCCGGUACUGACUGCUCUGAUUUCUUGUCUGACUGUGUGGUAGAUGCUGAUAGCGGAGAUCCUACAUUCUUGGAGCCCUUUUGGGAGCAGCAUGCGGCUAGUAGUGCCAUAGUGACGGCUGGAUGGCAUCGUAUGAGCUAUGAGUUCAACGAUGGCUCGCUCAUCUCAGAAGAGCUCAAAACACAUAUAAGACGGGUGCAUGACAUCGUUGGUAAUGCAGUUACAGAUGGAAGAUUCAUCAUUUUUGGUGCUGGUGCCACCCAACUUCUUAACGCAGCCGUGCGUGCUAAUUCCCCAGAGAGUUCAUCCUCACCAGAAAAAGUUGUGGCCUCAACCCCUUACUACCCGGUUUAUAAAGAGCAAACCGAGUUUUUGAACUCUAAGGAUUAUAAGUUCAGCGGAGAUACUUCGCUGUGGAAGAGCAGUGUUAUAGACUCCUCAUCUUCCCAGAAUUUUAUUGAGUUUGUGACUUCACCCAACAAUCCGGAUGGUCAGUUGAGGAAGGCAGUUCUUAGAGGCCCAUUUGUUAAGACGAUUCAUGAUCUCGCCUAUUACUGGCCACACUUCACAGCUAUUCCUGCUCCAGCGGAUGAAGAUCUCACAAUAUUUACACUUUCUAAGCUCACCGGUCAUGCUGGCAGUCGAUUCGGGUGGGCAAUAAUAAAAGAUGAGGCUGUAUACCAAAGAAUGCUAACAUAUAUGAGUCUAAGUACCUAUGGUGUCUCUCGAGAAACUCAGUUAAGAGUUUUGAAGCUGCUAAAAGUAGUCAUUGAAGGGAAAGGAAGGGAAAUGUAUGAGUUUGGAUACAAGACCAUGAAAACCCGAUGGGAUCAAUUGAGCAAAUCUGUAUCACUGUCAAAACGUUUUUCCAUCCAGGAUCUUGAACCUCAUUACUGUUCAUUUUCAGGAAAAGUUAAGAAAUCUUCUCCAGCUUUUGCGUGGCUGAAGUGUGAGAGACAAGAAGAUAAGCAUUGCUAUGAGGUACUGAAAGCAGCCCAUAUCACUGGCCGUGAUGGUAGUUUGUUUGGUGCUGAAAGCCGCUAUGUACGUCUCAGCAUGCUUAGAAGCCAAGAUAAUUUCGAUUUAUUACUGCAACGGAUUGAAAAGUUAGUGACUGAGGAAUAUGCUAGCAGAAGUAGUAUGGCCCCAUCUGUUUCAAGAGAAAACAAACGUAAUCAGUCGAUGCUGUUGGAUGCUUGUUAUUGUUGUCAUACUCUUGAGAGACACUGCAUUGAACCAUUUGCAUCGAAUUUGUUGGAUUAA